AAAGAAUGUAGCGAUUUCAACCGAGUUUUCAUCCAGGGAGAUUAUAUACGAGAUUCUACAAGAUAUACUAAUCUGCUAAGGUGCAGAAUAGUAUUGGGUGGUCACCAUAGAGACGCGGUCUGGAUGUAUAGAAUACAGCCUGCGUCUUUCGAGGUUCGCUGAGAGGACAAGGAAGACCUUUUAAGGUUAAAAUUGCGACAAAGUUUGAGGGAUCUAAGUGCAAGAUGAAGUGGGACAAAGCCGCCUUCAGGUGAUGAUAUCUUCCUAGACGCUCGUGGCGUCCUACCAGGUAUAAACAUGAGGUGUCGUCUUGAAUGCGAAUUCGUUUAUAGAGCAAUCGAUUGAUUAUUCAAAAGACAAAGGUCUUGUUUAAUUCAACCUGUUUACAGCAAUAUACACAGUUCAUUACUUACAAACGCACUUGUGCACUUUUGCAGAUAAUUUGUGAGAUGCACGUUUUGUUUCCAUUUUAUUAAUUCUAAGGUUGUAAUAAAUUAAAAAGCUAACGAAGAAGCAUUACAGUACAUAGUGGAUGCAGAUAUAUAUAAAAAAGAUCUUUUAGAUUCGCACCUCUCUGGUGUUAUUGUUGUUUGUAGUUGUAUUGUUCAAAGUAUAAUUGUUUGUAAACCAGGCACGGGUGAAAUCAAGAGGUAAAAAACAAAUUUCAUCCCACAAAAAAGUAAAUUCAAGGUAAAUAUACAAUAUAUCCUUUAUAGUUUUAAAUUCGUUUUGUUCCCGUUUUCGCUCUUGGGCUAUUUCUAUAAAACACAUCAACAACUUUUUGCAAAUGAAUAGUAUUUUGUAAGAGGUUUAAUGCCAACUCAUGUAAAUAGUUUUAAUAAAGCCGUAAGCUGUUGAACAGAAAGUCAAGGUUUUGGAUACUCGCUUUCCAAGAAAUAAAUAUGUAUGUUCUAUUUUGCUUUAUUUAAUAUCAGGGUAAUAAGACAUUUACGAUCGUAGAGAGAGCGAGGGUAUCUAUCUGCGGACGGAAUGUUAGCUACAAACUCUAAAGAGUCGCAACGUAGCGUGAUCACACACUUUGCGCUACCUGAGUUGUAACAAAAAACUGUGGAAAAUUGAGACAACUUUGAGUCUCAGCCAGCGAAAAGAUCAUACAAACUGCAGUAGAACCAAGCAGGAUAACAUGACUAGACAAAGCUUGCGUUUUUAUUUUGUCUAAAAAUAGAUGCAGUUUUGUAAGAGGAAAUUAUAGAAUUAAGACUUAAUUUCAUGGAACAAAAAAACUUCUGGUGAAUUCAAAUUAUUAUUCAAAUUAGUCUACAUACAAAGUAAGGCGUUGUGCUUUUAUAGUUAUCUUUCACAAACAAGUUUAGUCGUCUUAAGAAGGCAAAAAUGUUGACUUAUGCUAGCACUGUAAUCUCUCUUUGGUUGAGGAAUGACUUCACAGACAGAUAUGGGAGAAAAAAUGUGUAAUGCUGGUGUCUAAAAUUAGAGUCAUUUGUCAAGGUAGGGGUAAAAACGUAAAAACAGAAAAACGGAACUUAGCAAUACAAUUCCUUAGCAACCUUUACUUGCAAACAUUCGAAAGCAUAGCAUUCAUUAUGCCCCAGUAGACUUAAUAACGUCCUAGGGAAGUCUUCCAGUGUGCUAAAUGCAACUGUAAUCCCAUCAUCAAAAUCAUAUACGAAGCUGUUUUGCAGUUUUGCUUAUCACCAGAGUACCAGAGCAGACGUGAAGAUUGACUACAUGCAUUUGUAUCUGGCUACAUAAAACUCAAAAGGAGCGAAGGUACAUCUUGCCGUAUCAAACAUGGUGUAUAGUCUGUACGCGUAUCGACAUGGUGGCUUCCCGCCCUCCAGCAAGCUCCUCGACAAGUUAUGGCAGAGCAGGCGAUACAAAGUACACAAGAAGAAGCUGAAAAAUGUAAAAAGCACCCUGGACUUAUCCCCUCCGCGCGAGUUUAUGCAUCUACAACUAGAAGUAAAACGAUUGCAGGUGGAACAAGAAAAACAAGCGGAAAUUGAUCGUCAGAACCUCGUCAUAAUCGAUAAACUAUCGGAGAUCAAGACAUCGCCUGCGCGAGUCGACGCGUGGAACAAGGAUUGGAAGCCAAGUAAUGACCGACUGAAGAGAUUCAGAGACCGAAGGCAGCGCAGAAUAGACGAAGAGAAUCGGUUGAUGGCUGAGAGAUUGAAAAAGGUUGAGUCUUAUUACAGAAGCGAGGAAUGGGAAAAGGACUAUGAGAAGCACUUGUACUACAUGUCUAUGAUUGAGGCGUCAACUAAGGACUACGACAAUGUUGAAGACGAGGAUGCAAGUGAUGACGAUUUCGAGAGCGAUGACGAUGAUAAGAAUUCGUUACCUCCUGUGCCGCCGGCUACUCCCAGUCCAUCAGAGGGUAGAAGAAAUAAAAAGGACAGUGACAGCGAUGACAACAUUAGCCUUCCUCCCAUAGACAACAAACCUUCAAGCGCUGAGAAGAGCAAGAAGAAGAAAACUGGCUACUCAGAGCAUGAGGCGAUAAUGGACGCCGAGGAACUCAAAACGGCCAUAGAAGAAAAUGACAAAGAGCGAAUAAUGGGAAUCCUUGGUCGAACAUCAGAAAAAGACAAAAUGAAUAAGCUGGAAGACAAGUACAAAGACUUAUACAAAAAGGAUUUGAAUGAGGAGCUGAAGAGUGUGCUGGAUGAGGAGAUCAUGAAGGCACUCGAGUCACUUGCGGAAGAAGCAGCCAUGAAAGACGCCAAGACUCUUUACGAGGCCACCAAGGGCUUUGGUACUGACGAAGACGCACUUAUCAGCAUUCUCUGUACAAGGCCAAACAAGGAGCUGGCUGCAAUACGGGAAGCAUACAAAGAGAAGUACGACCACACCCUAGAGGAGGACCUCCGAGGAGAUACAAGCGGUGAUCUAGAAACAUUAUUGGUCGAACUCAGCAAGGGCCAGCGUGACGAGUCCAAGGAAGCAGACAUACACCUCGCCAAGAAAGACGCCAAAGACCUUAUGGAGGCCGGAGUAGCGAGCUGGGGGACUGAUGAGGGAGCAUUCAUACGAGUAUUCACGCAGAGAAGCUUCACGCAGAUAUCCGCCAUGUGUGCAGAGUACAAGAAGCUGACCAAAGUAGAGAUUGAAGAGUCUAUUGAUAAGGAGAUGGAUGGAGACAUGCAGAAGGCUUUCUUAACCUUAGUCAAAAUAUCACGUGAUCCGACCGGGUUCCAAGGAGACAAACUGAAGGCCGCCGUAAAAGAUGGCCACUUAGGGGCGGUGGCGAAAAUACUCCUGCCGAUGAAUAAGGCGAAGUUGAAUGAAGUGAGCGCGUCAUAUAAGAAGGAUACAAAGCACGAGUUGGCGGACGACAUACAGAAGAUCUCAGGCGAGAGUGACCUUAAGGCAUUGCUGCUGGCAAAGCUAGGGAAAGAGCAAAACAACAAACAAAACAAGAACCAAAAUAAGAAAGCAGCUGGGGACAAAGGUCAAGGUCAGAAAGUUGAGAAAGCCAAGAAACAGGAGAAAGGCAGGAAGGAAGAAAAGUCCAAAAAAGAGGAGAAAGAAAAGAAUAAGGCUGGUGGCAAGGAGGCAAAGAAAGAUAAGGCCAACGAGAAGGAUAAGGAUGCGAAAAGUAAAGAAGAGGAGAAGAAAGCGGAAAAGGCUGCUAAGGAAGAUGCAGACGAGCUUCACCAGGCGAUACAAGAAGGUAACAAAGACGCAAUUAUCGAUAUUCUGGCAAGGAACUGUGAUGAGCGAAGCAAAUUGGAUAGACUCAAGGAUAAAUACAAAGACCAACAUGACCAGGAUAUCUUAGAAGCGUUGCAGCCUCACUUAGGCGAUGACGUGAAGGACCCGGUUGAAUCGUUCUUUUCCUCUAGUAGCGCAUUCGAUGCCAAAUGUCUACACGACGCCAUUAAGGGUCUUGGUACCGAUGAAGAUUUGCUCAUAGAAAUUAUCUGUACAAGAAAAAAUACGGAGAUAAAUGAUAUUAAAGAAGUCUACAAGAAAAAUUACGACACAACACUAGAAGAUGACGUCAAGGGUGAUACAAGUGGAGACUUCGAAGAUCUUCUUGUCAAGCUACUGCAGGCCACAAGAGUUAAGUCAGACAAAGUCGACAAAAAGCAAGUCAAGGCCGAUGCAGAGUCACUACAAAAGGCUGGCGUGAAGUCUUUCGGCACAGAUGAAGACGUAUUUGUCGAUAUUCUCACACAGAGAAGCCACGCCCAGCUCAACGCGAUAUUCGCUGAAUACAAAAAGCUGCAGCAGACUGAGAUUGAGGACUCGAUAGAAAAUGAGAUGAGUGGAGACCUAGCAAAGGGCCUUCUUGCGUUAGUCAAAUGCAUCCGAGACGAAAAGGGAUUCAACAAAACCAAGUUGCAGAAAUCAAUGGCUGAUGGCGACACAGCUACCGCUGCCAGAAUCAUCUUUGCCACUGACAAGGCGACCUUGUCCAACUUGACGAGUACUUAUAAGGAUGAGAACAAAAAGAACAUGGAGGACGCUCUAAAAGAAUCAUGCAGUCCACAUCUUCACAAGCUGCUGCUAGGGAAAAUGGGUAGACUCAAGCAACAGUCAAAGGAAAAAGAAGAUGCUAAGAACACAGAAAAAGACAACAAAAAGGCUGAAAAGGCAAAGCCUCCGCAAAAAGCUGCCCAAGAGAAGAACAAGAAGCAGAGCGAUGCGGCCAAGAACAAGAAGGAGCAGGAGGAAUCCGAGAUCCACAAAGCGAUCAAAGCCAAUGACAAGAAGAAGAUCAAAGAGUUGGUUAUGAAAGCUGCUGUUGACAAAAAGAAGCUGAAGAAACUAGGAGACGAUUACAAGAAGCAAUACAAGCAGGACCUAACGGACGCGUUGGACGGCAAGUUGGAGGAAGACUUGCACGAGGCAGUGGCUGCGAUGCUACUUCCUGGAAACGAGGCUGACGCCAGAACACUUUACUUCGCCAUGAAGGGGCUUGGCACCAAAGAAAGUCAACUCAUCGAAAUCCUCUGCACGAGGAAUAACACGAACAUCGACUCAAUCAAAGAGGAAUACCAAAAGAAAUACGGCUGUUCGCUUGAAGAUGACGUUAAAGAGGAGACAAGUGGCGACUUCGAAGACCUCCUAGUGGCCCUGAUGAGUGGAAAGAGAGACGAGAGCGACGAGAUCAACGAAGAUUUAGCACACAAAGAUGCAGAGGCUCUAAUUGAGGCUGGGAUCAAGAAAUGGGGUACUGACGAGGAUUGCUUCAUCGAAAUCUUUACGACUCGUAGCUAUCCUCAACUUCAAGCCAUGUUUCCUGAGUACUCUAAGUGGGCAAAGUGCGAUAUUGAGGACACUAUCUCAAGCGAGAUGGACGGCGACUUGAAAGAUGCUCUUCUAGUCCUCGUCAAAGCCAUCCAGAGCCCCACACAGAUGACCGCUGACAAGUUGCAUAGUGCUUUGCAGAACAAGGAUACUUUAACUGUUGCGCGCAUGAUUGCGGGCGCAGAUCCGGCAAGUCUUUCCAAAAUUGAGAAGGCAUACAACGAAAACUACAAGCCAAAGCUAUACUUCGAGGUGGACAAGAAAUGCAGUCCGGACUUGAAGAAAAUUCUCUUACCAAAACUUAAAGAUAAAACCCAAGACAAAGAAACCAAGAAAGCUACAGACGCAAAGGCGUCAGGUACCGCAAAGCCUCCAGGGAAAAAGGCUUCGGGAGCAGCAAAGAAAGACAAGGAAAAAGAAAAAGAAGACGACAUCACUAAACUCCAAAAAGCCAUUGAUAAAAGCGACAAGAAGACGACAACUGCGAUCAUCGUUAGCAACGCUUCUGAUGAAGGCAAACUCAAGAAACUCAACGACGAGUACAACAAACGAUACAAGAAGGAUUUAGUUGAGCAGUUGGAUGGUAAGGUAGCGAUAGACGUUCACGAGGCAGUGACGUCACUGCUGCUACCUGCCACUAAAGCUGACGUCAGAAGCCUCUACUACGCAAUGAAGGGACUGGGCACCAAAGAAGCUCAACUGAUUGAAAUUCUCUGCACGCGAUCCAACGCGGAGAUCCAAGAAAUAAAACAAGAAUACAACAAAAAAUACGGUCGGUCGUUGACGGAUGAUAUGAAGUCCGAGACGUCUGGAGACUUCGAGAACCUUCUGGAAACUUUACUAAAGGGAUCACGUGACGAAUCCACUGACGUGAACAAGGAAUUGGUGACUAAAGAUGCCGCUGCCCUGGUAUCUGCGGGCGUCGCUCGCUGGGGAACAGACGAAGACCAAUUUAUAACGAUCUUAUCGCAGCGCAGCAGUGCGCAUGUGCAAGCUGUUUUGGCCGAGUAUAAGACUCUGUCCGGAGGAGUGUCCCUGGCCGAUACUGUCCGAGAUGAGAUGAAGGGUGACUUGAGGGAUGCUUUGCUGGUGCUGAUAUCGUAUGGACAGGACCCAUCUCAGGCGGCCGCGGAUAAACUCAACGCCGCACUGCAUGACGGGGACACUGUGACAGUCGCGCGAAUUGUGGCGGGAACACAACAGGGCCCACUUGCGGAUCUGGAAGCUUCGUACAACGCAACGUACAACCCAAAGGCUUACUUUGAAGUAGAGAAGAGAUGCAGCGAAGACCUGAAAAAGAUCAUACUCAACAGACUUAAAGAUAAAACCGAAGACAAGAAAAUAAAAAAGAGCAAAGAUGUUAAGCCGGCAUCAAGUUCAUCAAAGCCUGACGAGCGAAAACCAUCAGAUUCGCAAAAUAAAGAAAAGGACAAAGAAAAAGAGAAAGUGGAGGAGAAGGAUGACGACAUUACGAAGCUACAGAAAGCCAUUGAAAAGAGCGACAAGAAGACGGCGACUGAGGUCAUCGUGUGCAACGCUUCUGAUGAAGGCAAACUCAAGAAACUCAGCGACGAGUACAACAAACGAUACGAGAAGGAUCUAGUCGAACAAUUGGACGGAAAGGUAGCCGACGAUGUUCACGAGGCUGUGACGUCACUGCUGCUACCUGCCACUCAAGCGGACGUCAGAAGCCUCUACUACGCAAUGAAGGGACUGGGCACCAAAGAGGCUCAACUGAUUGAAACCCUCUGCACGCGAUCCAACACGGAAAUCAAUGAUAUAAAGCAAGAAUAUAGCAGAAAGUACGGCCGGUCGUUGACGGAUGAUGUGAAGUCGGAGACGUCUGGAGACUUCGAGAACCUUUUGGAAACUUUACUAAAGGCAACUCGUGAUGAAUCCACGAAAAUCGACGAAGAUCUGGUGACUCAAGAUGCCGCUGCCCUGGUGUCUGCGGGCGUCGCUCGUUGGGGUACAGAAGAGGACCAGUUCAUCACCAUCUUGACUCAGCGUAGUAGUGCGCAUGUGCAAGCUGUUUUGGCCGAGUAUCGGACACUGUCCGGAGGUGUGACCCUGGCUGACACUAUCAGGGAUGAGAUGAAGGGUGACUUGAGGGAUGCGCUGCUGUUGCUGGCUUACGGACCCAACGUAUAUCAGGCACGGGCGGACAAACUCCACACCGCGCUGCAUGAUGGGAAUACCGUGACCGUCGCAAGGAUAGUGGCGGGGACACCACAGGAUUCCAUGGCGGAUCUGGAAGCUUCGUAUAACGCAACGUACAACCCCAAGGCUUACUUUGAAGUAGAGAAGAGAUGCAGCGAAGACCUGAAGAAAAUCAUACUCAACAGACUUAAAGAUCGCAGUGAAGACGAAAAGCCGGCUAAGAAUGAAACGCCGCUGAGGGAAGCUGAAGAUAUCAAAGAGACAUCUACUGCGGCACAACCAGAGAAGAAUGACGAGAAUAAAGACAUAGAGGACGAUAAGGACAAAGAGAAGAAGAGUAGACCGAAGCUUGAUGUCAGAAAGAUCGAGUAUCACGGAACCGUAGUUGCCGCUGAAAACUUCGACGCAGGUGACUGCGCCGAGAAACUGAAAAAAGCAAUGAAAGGCUUUGGUAGCGACGAAGAAGCUAUCAUCGAGGUCUUGCAAUCCUGUAACCUUGAACAGCGCCUGGCGAUUGCACAAAGCUUCAAACAGCAAUAUGACAAGGAUCUUGUAAACGAGCUCAAGUCGGAGCUAAGUGGCAAAUUCGAGGACGCGAUAGUUGCACUUUUGCUCCCCCCGGAACAACUCGACGCUAAUGCCCUUCACGGCGCCAUGCAGGGCCUGGGCACGAACGAUAGCGUAUUGAUAGAGAUACUGUGCUCACGGUCAGCGGAGGAGCUACAAUCCAUCAAGAAAGCCUACAACACAGCUCAUGGCAAGGAUUUGGUUGCGGCUGUCAAGUCUGAGACCAGUGGUGAUUUCCAGGCCCUCCUCGUGGCUCUGCUAGAUGCUAAGCGGGUGUCGGCUGAUGAAAUCGUCAACGAGGACCAAGCUUACGAGGACGCUAAAAACCUUUACGAGGCUGGUGAAAAGAAGUGGGGUACAGACGAGAGCGUGUUCACAAAGAUCCUGACUUGCCGCAGCGACCUGCAGUUAAGAGCGCUCUACCAGGCCUAUCAGCACGUCGCUAAGUGUGAUAUCCUGGAGACGAUCGAUGACGAACUCACGGGAGACUACCACGAUGCUGUCAAGGCAAUAGUUCGCUGCACUCGUCGCCCGCCACUGUACUUUGCCGAGUCUCUCAACUCCGCGCUAAAUGGACUAAGGACGGACAGUUCAUUGGUAACACGAAUCAUCAUCUCGCGGUCAGAGGUUGAUCUCGCGGAUAUCAAGGCCGUAUAUAAAGACACUUAUGGCAAGACUUUGGCGACGGAAGUUAAAGAGCUGCUUAAAGGCGACCAUGAGACACUUCUUCUUAAGAUACUCCGUGAUUAACCGUCUUAGCCAUGCCGGCAGCCUCCAAGAUUGGACUUAAGAAGUUGAAACUCUUUUUCCAACCGUCAUCGAGCUUGAAAUCAAGCCUAUCUAAGUGUAUACUAACCGCUCUACCACCUAUCUCACACAAUCACAACAUAUUAGAGCACACAUUAGAACUGACUUUCUUGCUUAAUUUAGUCCGUGUAGUGUGAUAAGCAGCAAGAAAAACAUUUUAGUGAGAUCUGCACAGGUAAAAUUGGAAAGUUCCCUUACACGGCUAGAUUCAGGGAAAUUCCCUUAUAAGGUCAGAUUCAGGGAAAUUCCCUUACAAGGUCAGAUUCAGGGAAAUUCCCUUAUAAGGUCAGAUUCAGGGAAAUUUCCUUAUAAGGUCAGAUUCAAGGGAAUUCCCUUACAAGGUCAGAUUCUGGGAAAUUCCCUUAUAAGGUCAGAUUCAAGGAAAUUCCCUUACUAGGUCAGUUCAGGGAAAUUUCCUUAUAAGGUCAAAUUCAAGGAAAUUCCCUUACAAGGUCAGAUUCAGGGAAUAGUUAGUUCGGAGUUUGGUAGGGUUACGUCUAGACAGAGACGGGGGGUGGGGUGGGGGCAUCUCCAGGGACGCCGGGUGUCACAGCAGGACACGAAGUGAGAGGGGGGGGACAGCAUUUUUUUUCUGUAAUUCCUACCUACUUGUUUGCGAUGCCCGAUGGUGGGACAGACGGCGGGAGAUUCGUGAUGAAUUAUUUUAUUUUAUAUAAUUUUUCAUAAUUAAGUCUCUAAAUCUAAAUCUAGGCUUCCCAUAAGAGAGCAAUACAAUAGUUUUGUACUUGUGAGUAUUAUAUAAUAAUCGUUUCCUUGGUCACCUACGAAGCCACUUUAACUACUACCUCACUUCGCGGUUAGCAAUACAGACACGAUGUUUUUCAUUUGCAGCACAUCAAAACCAAUAAACAUGCUUACGAAUGUC